AUGUCCGACUGUGUCGCCAUUGCCCCCGAGCUGCCCUUCCGGUCACAGAUUGCCGAGACGCUGCAGCAUGCCUCGCGGUCGAUGCAGCCCGCCGAGCAGGUUGCUGCGCGCGAGCUGCUGAACACGUUUGACAAGCAGCUCAAACCUGCCGAUGGCACCGAACCUACUGUCGAGACCAAGCGCGAGAUUGUGCGCAAGGUCGUUGACACGUUUGUCGAGACAAAGGGCGCACUCGAGGCCGCAAAGGAGGGAGAGGCCGAGUCGUGUAGCCUUUUGUUGCAACAUGUGAUUGCGGACAACUUUGACACUGCUGGCACCGAUUACGCCACGCUCGUCAAGUCUGUGGCGGAGGCGGUGCGCGUUGGCGGCGAGGCGGCGGCAGAGGCCGGACGGCCAGGAAAGGUCGAGAUCGCCGAGCGCAUCCUGACCAACUCGUACAACUUCUUCCCCGCAGAGUCUCCCCUCCGCCCCGCCGUCCUCUUGACCCUCAUCACGCUCCUCGGCGCAGCCGACGACCUCUCCGCCCUCCCCCUGACUCCCGCGAUCCUCAACCCUGCCCUCAGCCAGUGGUCCACGUCCGAGGCGGACAAGGUCGCGUUCCUCACCCAGGCUGCUGGCGUGUACGAGAAGGCCGGUGACCUCGCUCGCGCCCUUGACCUGACGGUUCUGGCGCUCGAGCGCGCAGUGGACGGCAAGAUGGCCGAGCACGCUCUCGCUCUCGCUCUCGCCGUCCCCAACCGCUUCGACGUCGACGACAUCCUCAAGGUGCAGGGUGCGCGUGACUCGCUCGCGGGACACGCCGACGAGCUUGUCGACCUCUUCACCAAGGUCGACGAGCUCGCUGCCGUCGACAAGGCCGCAGCGUGGGCCAAGGCUAACGGCGCGUACGUUGACAGUCUUGGUGUUGCUGGGCUCGACGCCGACGAGGUCCUGCGCAAGGUCCGCCUCGUCGCCCUGACGACCCUGGCCGCCCGCAGCGCGACAAAGGAGAUUAGCUAUGCCGACCUCGCGGGCGCCCUCAAGGUCGACGAGGCCGAGGUCGAGGCUUGGGUUAUUGACGCGAUCCGCGCCGGCCUCCUCCAGGCCCGCCUGAGCCAGCCCCAGAGCCUUGUCCGUAUCAUCUCGGUCAGCUCGCGCGGUACCCGCCGCUUUGGCACCGACGAGUGGAAGCUCCUUGAGAAGCGCCUUGGCGAGUGGAAGGUCGCUGUUGCCGAGGCCCGUGUCACCAUUGAGAGCGCUGAGGAGGUUGCCGCCCAGGGGCCAAUCACCAACCAGCGCAGGCCGCAGCAGCGCCGGCAGCAGGGCCAGCAGGAGCAGCAGGAGGAGACCGCCCAGGCGUAG